AGGACUUAGGAGAAGUGUACCAGGAUAAAAGCAACCAUAAAAUUGUAUAAUUUGCCGAGAUGCAAAUAUUUGAAUAGUCGCUACUCAACUGCAAACAGUUGAAACAUACGAAAAAGAUGGAAAUUUCGCGAACGAGCUGAAAUAUUAGAAAAAACUAUCAGGCCCAGAAAUGUCUUACCCUGACGGCCAAAGCAAUGAGUACUGGCCCUACUGCAGUGGCGACACUCCACCACCGGCGCCGUCACAGUCCUAUUUGGUUCAAACUACCCAGAGGGUCGAGUACUUUCCGAGCAACAGCAGAAGCGAGCAGAAUCGCUUCACCGAGGUGCAUCACUACACGACUGUCAGCACCUCUUACGGUGCUUACCCAGGAACACCUCCAAACUUUUCAGUUCCUCCACCGGGCUACCCAGCAAUCAAUCAAGCUCCCCCAUCGAUGAGCUCAACGGGUGUCAAAAGAAAAUCCGACCUUGAGGUGGAUGGCUACAAAGUUAGCGCAGAAAGGGCAGAGAAGAUCAUGAAGAUGCUCCUGAAGCCAGAUCUUGAAAAGUCGCCCCCUCGGAGGAGCUCUUACUCUCGUGAAAGGUCAUCUCACGAGUACAAAAGGCGCAGAAGUCGUAGUCCUCGCUCUAACAGAGGUCGAAGUCCUCAGCCCAGACGCAGAAGCCCAGAUAAUUGGAGCAGUUCUAGAAGAAGGAGCCCAGACAGGAGGACACCGAGCAGCAGCAGCUCCAGGUCGAGGUACUCUCGGCGAGUCACUCCUGAAAGAGAUCGGAGGUCUUCCAGCAACAGGCCGAAGGAAAGGCCCGUGGGACGAGUGCAUCCGUACGGAAGUCAAUCUGUGCCUGCGAACAAGCAAGAUCAGAACCGGAACAAAAAGGAAACAGAUAUUCCCAAAGAGGCAGGGGAGGAGCGAAAUGGAGAUAAUGCUUCAAAAGGUGCUGAAAAGUACUUGUACGUCAGUUCCACGCCGUUUGAACAGUACUACAAGUACAUUCGAGGAGUGUUCCAACCCACUCAGCGCCAGCUUGAUUUGUGCAAGCAGUUCGAGGAGGAACUGAUACAACGGGGAAAGAAAACCAGGGCUAGCAAGCCCGCCUAUCCUCCUCUGCAACGGAAGCAAAAGCUACACAUUCACAAAUGUUGCCAAGAAGAUGACUGUGAUAGUUCAGAAAGUGAGGAUGACGAUGACGAUGGAAGCUCUGAAGACGAGGGAGAGUGCAGCUUGAGAGAGCUGGAGCACAAGAAGAAACAUCCUGACCGACUGCAUGCGGAAUUGUGGUUCAAUGAUGCUGGGGAGAUGAAUGAUGGGCCCCUGUGCAGGUGCAGCAUGCGUUCCAGACGGUCAGGCAUUCGCCAUGGGAUCUACGCCGGUGAGGAGCCAUUACCCGCGUGCAAUCCUGACUCGAACAAUGCUGAACGACUGUAUCACUACAGAAUAACUAUUUCUCCUCCUACCAAUUUCCUGACAAAACUGCCCACUGUGAUCAGUCAUGAUGGGCACGAGUACUUAUUCGAAGGGUUUUCCAUGCUCUCGCACUAUCCUGUGGGCAACCUGCCUGUUUGCAAAGUCAUCAGAUUCAAUUUCGAGUACACGAUCGAGUAUAUCGAGGAAGAUAUGCCGUACAAUUUCACCAUGCGUGAACUUGACCUGUUUUACCAAUAUUUAUUUGUCGAGAUGUUGGAACUGGUCGAUUUCAACAUGAAGGCGCACAAUGAUCCUGACGGCUGUCCUCGAUUCCACUUCUUCCCUAGAUUCGUGCGAGAGUUGCCUGAGAACGGGAUUUCUCUCCUGUGCAUGAGUGAGGUUAUGAAAUAUCUGUUGGAUAAAAACCGGCCGCUCGUAAAUGAAGAAGAUUUGCUGGAAUAUUUGAAUAAAUCUCAAACCGAGUGGCUCAAUGUUGCAGACGAAGUCAAAGGAAUGAUCGUGACCAACCCUGGUUUGAAGCCUAGUUCUAUUCGAGUGGACCAACUGGACAGGGAAAAGAUCAAGAAGGACUUCCUCACCUACCCAGAAAUCGUUCACUUUGGAAUUCGCCCGCCGCAGCUGAGCUACGCCGGAAACGCAGAAUAUAAUCGGGAGUGGCGAGAAUAUGUCAAGCUGCGUCACCUGAUUGCAAACUCUCCCAAGCCGUCGUCUGAGGAGAAGUACAACCUGAAAGUAAAAGAGGACCGUCUGCAGGAAAUGCGAAUGCAGAACAAGAUGAAGCGAGAUGUCACCGUCGCCGUUUCUGCCGAGGGUUUCUAUCGCACUGGAAUCAUGGCGGACAUCGUGCAGCACGCCAUGGUCCUUCCAGUGCUUGUUUGCCACCUGCGCUUCCACAAGUCGGUCGACCAGUUAGAGAAGAUCAUUAACUACCAGUUUAAAAACCGAUACCUUCUGCAGCUUGCGUUGACCCAUCCAUCAUACAGGGAAAAUUUUGGAACUAACCCAGAUCACGCCAGGAAUUCCCUGACCAAUUGUGGAAUUCGUCAGCCUGAAUAUGGAGACCGUAGGAUCCAUUAUCAAAACACUAGAAAAAGAGGCAUCAAAACGUUGAUUAGUAUCAUGUCCCUGCCGGGGCGGAAAGCCGAAACAGAAUCAAACAUCACGCACAAUGAGCGUCUCGAGUUCCUUGGCGACGCCGUCGUUGAAUUCGUGUCUUCCAUUCACUUGUUCUUCAUGUUUCCUGAUUUGGAGGAAGGUGGUCUGGCCACUUACCGAGCUGCAAUCGUGCAAAACCAGCACCUGGCCCUUCUGGCCAAGACCCUGCACCUGGAGGAGUACAUGCUGUACGCGCACGGCUCCGACCUCUGCCACGAUCUCGAGCUUCGCCACGCCAUGGCCAACUGCUUCGAAGCCCUGAUGGGCGCCCUUUACCUCGACGGUGGCAUCGAUAUUGCCGAUCGGGUGUUUUCCGAGACGUUCUUCAAGGGAGACGGCGUUCUUGCCAACGUUUGGAUCAGGUAUCCAAAACACCCGCUGCAGCAGGAGGAACCUAGCGGAGAUCGGCACUGGGUGCCGAAACACUUGACUUUACAGAAACUUGUCAAAUUUGAAGAGGACCACAUUGGCAUUCCUUUCAACCACAUUCGUUUACUCGCCCGAGCUUUCACAGACAGAAGCAUCGGAUACAAUAAUAUCACUCUGGGAUCUAAUCAAAGACUGGAAUUUCUUGGUGAUACAGUGCUGCAACUUAUUGCUUCCAACUACUUGUAUAAGCAUUUCCCUAACCACCAUGAAGGCCAUCUUUCGCUCUUGCGAAGUUCUCUGGUCAACAAUCGUACUCAGGCACGAGUCUGUGACGACAUAGGACUCACUGAGUUUGCCAUUUACUCUAAUCCUAAAUCGGAGUUGAAAACCAAAGACAGGGCUGAUCUCCUGGAAGCGCUGCUAGGCGCUCUCUACGUCGACAAAAAUUUGGAAUACUGCACCACCUUCUGCAACGUGUGCUUCUUCCCACGCCUGCGCCAGUUCAUUUUGAACCAAGACUGGAACGAUCCUAAGUCAAAACUUCAGCAGUGUUGUCUGACACUACGCACAAUGGACGGCAAGGAACCUGACAUUCCUUACUACAAAGUCGUCCAGUGCAUUGGGCCAACCAAUACCAGGGUUUACACGGUGGCUGUGUACUUCCGAGACGAAAGGUUGGCCACUGCAGAAGGGCACAGCAUCCAACAAGCUGAGAUGAAUGCAGCAAAGAAGGCUUUGCUCAAAUAUGAAUCGAUUUUCCCUCAAAUCAGCCAUCAGAAAAUGGUUCUUCAGCGGACCCUGACCAAAAAGAAACCACGACAGUAUCGAGCCAAGGAUAACGAAGCUGAACAGUCAGACAAGAAUGUCAAAGAGAAUGAUGCCGCAACUGGAGGCAAGAAGAAAAACGCGAAGAAAAAGAAAACAAAAGCGGACAUCAUUGAAGAGUCAAGCGCAACGGCUGUUCCGUGUCCAACCCUGAGCUCUCUGCUGAUGACCAAGAGCGUCAAAGAGGAGAGACCCGUGUUAAAUACGGACAUCGACUUUUCGCUCAGCAGCAGCGACAAUGACGUCGACACGCAGCAGAAGCUCAAGAAAGUCUUCACCCUUUCGGAGGGUGAAUGUUCCAGCAGUGAAUAG